AUGAGCGAGCCGGCGUGGCUAGCAGCCGACCUGCGAGCCGUUUCGGACCUGAGUCCUCCCAACCGCGGAGAGAGGAUGCGCCACAGUCCCCAGAACACGCACAGCAAGGAGGACGAUGGUAAGAAUGCCAACGCAGGCCUCAUCGGGCCCCAAAGCAGCAUUUCAGCUGCAAGCGGUCAAGGCAUUUAG